CUUAUUACUUUGUUUUGCUUUCCAACAGGUCGUUUUAAAUCAAUCAGUUACAGGAAUGAAGGAAGCUGGAUUUUUCUUGUUUAUUAUUUUCACAUCUAUUUCAUCUUGUCUUGCCAAAAACUCUUACCUUGUUAUGUUUCCUAACACUAUCCGUCGCGGCCUGAACAUGAAUGUUCUUGUCCAGCUCCUGGACACUACAGGUUCCCCUGGUACAACGAUGGACGCCACGAGUGGUGGUCUCGAAACCACGGUGGUGGUCAGUCUACUGGACCAUGAUAAUAACACUGUCGUAUCUGAACGGAGGAUAAUUGAUUCAGUCAAUGCAACAUUGCAAUCAAUUCCUUUAAAGAUUCCUUUAAGUUUAAGUCCUCCUGGAGUGACGGAGUAUGCUAUUGAGGUACACGGAGAAGGUGGAGUUAACUUUAGUAACCAAACAAAAGUAUCCCUCCGUAGAAAGACCCAUUCUGUGAUGAUACAGACGGAUAAGGCCAUCUACAAACCUGGACAAAACAUUCAUUUUCGUAUUUUUGGAUUUUACCCAGAUCUUUCCAUAGUGAAUGAAAAUAUAGAUGUAGCCAUAUUUGAUCCCCAUGGAUAUAAAAUCGCUCAGUGGAAGAAUAAGGUUCCUGAUAAUGGAGUGUUUACAGACAGUUUAGUCAUGUCCGACCAUCCUGUACUCGGGGAGUGGAAAAUAAAGGCUGUACAAGGGCCUCGGUGUGACGACACUUUAGCGGGAGUUUAUCUGUGCACACCAAAUACUGAAACUCAGACUAAGACAGUAACUGUGGAUACUGAAACUCAGACUAAGACAGUAACUGUGGAUGAAUAUGUAUUGCCAAGGUUUAAUGUGACGUUGGAACUUCCGCCAUACGGAGUCAGCAAUAGAAUUGUUACAAGUAUUAAAGUUAUUUCCACAUACACUUUAGGUAAACCUGUAAAAGGAAUGGUUGACAUUAGAAUCCGUUCGAAACAAAACCUAUUUUCUUCGGUGCAUAUGCAGCUCAGACAAUGCCAAGGACAUAUGGUUGAGAUUUUUCAUCGUGCCCCAAUAGAUGGUCAGUAUAACUUUGAUGUUGAAAACACGAAACUUAAGAGCAUGGUGGAGAAUUCUGGCUUCCAAAGUUUACUUUACGCUAGCCUAGUAUUUGAAGUGAAUGUAACUGAAUCCAUAACAGGUUUAAGUCAAAGUGCAUCUGGUACUGUCACAUUCUAUGAAACUGAAAACAAAUUACAGUUUCUCGAGUCUCUUCCAUCAACAUUUAAAUCUGGACUUAACUUCACAGUUUUGGGCAAAUUGACUCGUCAAGAUGAAAAAGCUGUUUCCCUUCCAACUACCUCGAGGGUGAAGUUGACUGUAACCCAAACCAUCACCCUCCCCUCCGUCAGGUCGAACUCUACCAUGACGUCACAAUCAGACCUAUCAAGUGUAAAUACAACGAUAAUUAAUAUGAUUUCAGAAGACACAGCAGAACAGCAGGAAAUAGAAACUGAAUUUGGCAUCCUUUUGGAAGACUUGAUACAAAAUUCUCAAAUGAGCAAUACUGAAGAAAGAACUAUUAAACCAGUCUUUCUUGACAUUGAUGCCAAUGGAUUUUUCAAACAUGAAAUAACAAUACCUGAAGGAACUAAAUAUAUUUUUAUAAAAGCUGAGUACAAUGGUUUGUCUUCCUUUCUUUACUUACGGCCCAGUAAAUCACCCAGCAACUCCUUCAUGCAAAUCAAACUUCUUCACACAGGCAGGAAACCAAAGGUAGGAUCUAUCUCAACAUUUGAAAUCAGGACCACUGAAAGUACUUCCAAAAUAUACUACCAAAUUAUUUCAAAAGGCCGGAUUGUUGAAUCAGGGGACCUUGAUAUGCAAUCUUUAAAAGUGAAGAGAUUUAACUUGACGAUAAUAAAAGAAAUGGUACCUAAGGCCCGCCUUAUCGGCCAUUAUGUCAGAAAGGACGGAGAAAUUGUAGCAGAUACAACUAGCUUUGAUAUUGACGGAAGCUAUGAUAACAAAAUAGAAAUAGACUUUGACGUACAGGAGACACGCCCAGGAAAUGAAGUAGUGGUGUCAUUCAAAGCUGAUCCGGAUUCCACGGUUCAUUUGUUGGCGGUAGAUAAGAGUGUUUUGAUUUUACGUGAUGACAACGACGUCAAAGAAAGUAUGGAUAACGGAUUAGCUGUUCUUACGGAUGCUCUUAUUUAUAAAUACGAACAUCCUAAGUUUGGAGAUAUGUCGGGAGACAGAUCCACAGUCCCUGAUGAUUUUAUACCAGUAGCUUUAGAACCAGAAAAGCGUGUUCGAACGUUGUUUCCAGAAACCUGGUUUUGGUUGAAUAAAACAGUAGGAGCGGACGGUAUGACGUCAUUUAGUGUUCCUGUACCUGAUACUAUCACAACCUGGGUCGCUACAGCUUUUGCUGUCAACCCUAACUCUGGGCUGGGACUGGACCCGUCCCCCGCUUACCUCAGAGUGUUUCAGCCAUUCUUUGUGAGUCUGACUUUGCCUUACUCCGUCAUACGAGGGGAACUAGUGGUUCUCCAAGCUAACGUGUUUAACUACCUGAAGAAAGAUAUCAAGGUUCUCAUUAUUAUUGAUAAAAACAAGGCCUUCAAAAAUGUCGUUACUUACUUAAAAGACAACCAAGUAAAAACUGGGAGAUUUUCAUUCAGAAUAGGACGAACAUUCAAUAUAGCACCUGGGGAGAUCUAUCCUGUCUAUUUUCCUAUUGUUCCUUCUGAGAUUGGUGAUAUUAAGAUAAAUAUCACCGCCACGUCAACUGACGCUAGUGAUUCCAUCAUCCGGACACUCAAAGUGGAGCCCGAGGGAGUUGAGAAGGAAUUUAACAACCCUGUGCUGAUAAAUAAUGGUGAUGCUGACACAUUUUCCAAAGAUGUAGGAAUAUCAUUUCCACCAAAUACUGUGGCCGGAUCAAGGCGUAUCAGAGCAUCAGUUAUUGGUGAUGUAAUGGGUCCAUCAAUCAGUGGACUUGCAUCAUUGUUAAAGAUGCCAUAUGGAUGUGGUGAACAGAACAUAUUGAAUUUUGCACCUAAUAUUUUUGUAUGGAAAUACCUCACAAUAACAAAUAAUCUCACGCCAGAUCUAGAGAGGAAAGCUAAAGAAUAUAUGAUCAAAGGUUACCAGCGGCAAUUGACAUAUGUCCAUCAAGACGGAUCAUACAGCGCUUUUGGCAAGAGUGACGCUUCAGGCAGUACUUGGUUGACUGCUUUUGUUGUGAAGUCGUUCUCUCAGGCCUCUGAUUUGAUCACCAUUGACAAGACUGUCGUAAUGGAUGCCAUGCAAUGGCUUACUUCUCAACAAAACGAAAAUGGGACAUUCAGAGAACCAGGCAGAGUCAUAAACAAUAUAAUACAGGGUGGAUCAGCAGCAGGCGAGAGGACUCUCACGGCGUUUUCUCUAAUCGCUCUCAAAGAAGCUGAGGUCAUGCAGAGCAAAGAGCAAGAAACGAUACUAUUACAGGAAAGAAUAAUACGAAUAUUUUAUUUUGAAGAACAGGAGUGGUAUCGGGCAAGAAGAGCAAUAAAAAGAGCUAGGACUUACCUGGAAGGUGAAAUAGAUCUACUGGAAGAUGUGUACGAAUUAGCUCUCGUUGGAUACGCUUUAAUUAAAAGUAACAGCUCAAGGGUCAACGAAGUGAUUAACAAACUCAAUGAGAAAGCGAAUGUGAAAGAUGGACUUAAAUAUUGGUCCAAACCACAGACAGGUAUUCAAUGGAAGGGAUGGGCUCCUCCUAAAGACCAGGCUAAGGCUGUGGACAUAGAAACUACAGCAUAUGCUCUUCUGAGUCUAGCUAUCAAUAAAGACUUAGAGGGAGGAUUACCUGUUCUAAAGUGGAUCACCUCCCAGCGUAACCCUGAAGGAGGUUUUGAAUCAACACAGGACACUAUUGUAGCCCUCCAAGCCAUGGCAGAAUUCGCCUCAAUGGUUUACAGUCCAAACUUAAACAUGCGUGUAAGACUUGUCAGCAAAACAUCAGGGGCACCAUUCCAGCACGAAUUUAAAGUUACGCGGGAAAACGCACUCAUUCUUCAGACCACAGAUAUUCCCCAGGAAGUGAAAAGCAUUGGUGUCAUGGCCGAAGGAUCAGGCAUUGCAAUAGCUGAGAUCUCAACUUACUUCCACGUAAAUGAGGACAUUGAAGUAUCCUCUUUUGACGUAAAUGUAACGCUGAUAGAUGAAACAACAAAAGGAUUCACAGUGAAAAUAUGUGGAAGAUGGCUCAAAGAAGGCAAUUCUGGGAUGGCUAUGAUGGAUAUCGGAAUACCCUCGGGUAUGACCCCUGAUUUGGAUACACUCGAUACAUCUAAAGCUCCCAUGUAUAAACGUAAUGAGAUGGGAUAUAGAAAGUUAUCUUUGUAUUUUGAUGAGUUUGACAAACAAGCCCAGUGUGCCUCUGUAUACAUGGCCAACACAGAUAAAGUAGCAGAGAAGCAGCCCUCUGUUAUUAGACUCUAUGAUUAUUACGAACCCAAAAAUCAAGCAACUAUAUUUUAUACGUCAAGUGUUUUGGCGGACUCGGGAGUUUGUGAUGUUUGUGGUAGAGAGUGCUUCUGCGCAGACUCGUCUUAACUAUACUGGCAGAUGAGACCUUGAUUUAAUCAUUGUUAUCUACCGUAAAAGUGUUAUGUUUAAAAAUAUAAAUCUGUUCUACUAUGCUAAAGCAAAUGCGUGUAAGGUUACCAAUAUAUUUACGUUUUAUGUAAAUUUGAUGCCCACUAAAGUAUGAUUGUUUUUAUUUAAAUAAAUGAUACUUUAC